AUGGCGAGCCUGCGACAGAAAAUGCCAAACCCGGCGACUCUCCGGUCGUACCGCGCACUCCAGAGAGUCGUCGCCGUCCCCAGAAUUCGAUGUUACGCGACCGACGUCGAGCCCAAGGCCCCUCGCCAGGGCAAUGAGGUGAAGCUCGGCCGGUCCUUCCAGGGCCAAGUCCAGGGCAGCAUUGGCCAGCGAAUCCAGCGCGAGCGCGAGGAGCGAGAUCGCUACGAGCAUUGGCGCGAGGUCACUGACCCCAGCAGGAAUUGGACUUUGACCCUCUUCGUCCUGGGCAUGGUCGGUAUUUCAUACUGGCUGGGAACCUUCUGGCACCGCGAAGAAGAAAAAGCCUCGACCUAUCGUCUCGCAACCGCAAAAGAAAUCCGCCACAAUACGAAGCUCGAGAAUAUGCAGGCUGCCUGGGCAGAUUUCCUCAAGAUUGUUGGAAAGGAUCAUGUCAGCACCCUCGAGACCGACAUUGACCACCAUGCUACAUCUGAUUGGUCUUCCCACAAGCCCAAGCCCGAGGAACGGCCGUUCUGCGUCGUCUACCCAGGCUCUACACAGGAGGUCUCCGAGAUCAUGAAGAUCUGCCACAAGCGAAAGAUCCCCGUUGUUGGCUACAGCGGCGGCACCAGUCUGGAGGGCCACUUCACACAUACCCGCAAGGGCAUCUCGAUCGACUUCGGGAGAAUGAACAAGGUUCUGGCUCUGCACAAGGAAGAUCUCGACGUCGUGGUUCAGCCCGCCGUGCGCUGGGAGCUGCUCAACGAGGAUCUGGGCAAGGAUGGGCUCUUCUUCCCUCCUGACCCAGGCCCAGGCGCCAUGAUCGGCGGCAUGAUUGGAACUGGCUGCAGUGGUACAAAUGCCUACAGAUACGGUACCAUGCGCGAGUGGGUUCUGAGCAUCACUGCUGUCCUGGCUGAUGGGACCGUCAUCAAGACCCGCCAACGCCCGCGCAAGAGUUCUGCUGGCUAUGACCUCACCAAGCUGUUCAUCGGGUCCGAGGGUACUCUUGGCCUCGUCACUGAGGCUACCCUCAAGCUCGCCGUCAAGCCUGAGCAUACCAGCGUCGCCGUCGCUUCGUUCCCUAGUAUCCACCACGCCGCCACCUGCGUCAGCAAGGUUGUUGGCCAGGGUAUCCCCGUCGCUGCCGUUGAAAUCCUGGAUGACAACCAGAUGAAGUGCAUCAACGAAGCUGGAGCAACUUCGCGCCACUGGACGGAAGCACCCACCAUCUUCUUCAAGUUUGCCGGCACUCCCAACGGAGUCAAGGAGCAGGUCGGCCAGGUCCAGGCCCUGGCCAAGGAGGUCGGCAGCAAGAGCUUUGAUUUCGCCAAGAGUCAUGAAGAACAAGACGAGCUCUGGAGUGCCAGGAAAGAGGCUCUGUGGAGCGCUCUGGCCGUCAAGAAGGAGGGUGACCGGGUCUGGACUGGCGACGUGGCUGUUCCUGUGAGCCACUUGCCGGACCUGAUCGAGGAGACCAAGCAGGAUAUGAAGAAGAGCGGUCUCUUUGGAACCAUUGUCGGCCAUGUAGGAGACGGGAACUUCCACAGUAUCCUAUUAUACAACGAUGCUCAGAGGGCUAAAGCAGAAGCUGUUGUUCACCGCAUGGUGAAGCGAGCAGUUGAGUUGGAGGGAACAGUCACGGGAGAACACGGUGUCGGUUUAGUGAAGAGAGACUACCUGCCCCAUGAGCUGGGCGAGACGACUGUUGACGCUAUGCGCCUGAUCAAAAAUGCCUUCGAUCCCCAGUGCUUGUUGAACUGCGACAAGGUGGUUCGCAUGCAGAAGCCUGCCAGCGGUGAGGUCCACGAGUGGUAA